AUGGCGGAGGAGCCUAUACCGCCCGCGCCUGAGGAGCCUAUACCGCCCGCGCCUGAGGAUGGCAUGGCCGAGCAACCAGUGGACCCAUUUAUCCCAGAGCUCAAAGAAUAUGCCCAGGUAGCUGAAUGUCCUUAUACGACUCCCAUCAUCACCCUCAAGGUCAACGACAACUACUACAGGAUUCCACAGCAGUACCUCCAACCAUAUAAAACUUUGCAAUUCGAACCGGAGGUUAUGCAUAAUGAAUACUGGGACAGUGAGCGCCAUCAUCACCAGCUGUGCAUUGAGCCGCAAAGUGCCCAUACCUUCAUUCAUUACUUGUACACUGGACAGUAUGAGACACUUAAAACCCCACUCAGCAUCCCUCAGUCCGCGGAAGACAUCCCCAUAAUACUCAACACUCGCGAUAGAGAAGAGUUCCAGCGCGCAGCCUAUGUAUAUCAGGCUGCCGUUCAGUACGAGAUCCCGGGGCUACUAAGCAUGGCGCAGCACUUCAUGGCCCGAUUUGCCGAGAGAUUGUCAAUAGACGAUAUUCUGCGUGCCAUAAGAUGUGUUUACGGAAGCCUUCUCGAUGAUCAUUCUGGACGCAUGUGGCUUAAGGACUUUGUCCGAGAACAAUUGAUUGUGGCAUUUAGAAACACAGAUGGAAAGCUGCGACAAAUCAUAAAGAACUAUGAGAUUGGAAAUAGUCAAAGUUUCGAUACUUUCGUUGUUGAUGAGGUCUUGGCACUAUACGAAAUGGAGCAAGACAGAAUACACCGCGUGAUGAGCUUGGUCGAAUCUUAUAAAGCUAUUAAGCCUGUGCCUCAUCGCAUAUUCGAAUGGAAGUGUGAGCCUAAGGGUGUGCCUGAGUGUGAGCCUGUGUGCGAACCUGUGUGCGAACCUGAGUGUGAGCCUGUGUGCGAACCUGAGUGUGAGCCUGUAUGCGAACCUGAGUGUGAGCCUGUAUGCGAACCUGAGUGUGAACCUGUGUGUGAACCUGUGUGUGAACCUGUGUGUGAACCUGUGUGUGAACCUGUGUGCGAACCUGAGCCUGUGUGUGAACCUGUGUGUGAACCUGUGUGCGAACCUGAGGCUGUGUGCGAGCCUGAGGUCGCGUAUGAGACUGGGCCUGCAGAAGAGACAAUACCAGCUCCAGAACCAGAGUUACAGCAUGAUCUAGAGCCUACUCGUAGGCUUAUUGUUGUCACUCCUCGAACACCAAAUAACCCUCUCUAUAGCAACUGGAACAGUCUCUCCAGCAAAGACAGGAAGACGCGGGAAAAGAGCAUGAUCAAAUUGGGGCUUCCUAUCCCGGGUAAAGAUUUCGAACUGCCUGUUCGGGAUUGUGAACCUCCUAUUACAGAGCCUGAGCCCGAGCCCGAGCCAGCUCCCAUGUCUAGUUCAUCUUCUGGGUCUUGGGAUAUGCCAGUGGUGAGCGAUGAUAGGUUGACUGAGGCUCCUCCUCCUCCAGAGGCUGAACCUGAGGCUGAAACAGAGCCCGUCCAUAUGUCGAAUUCAUCUUUUGAGUCUUGGGAUACGCCAGCUUCAAGACAUGCUAGAUGGGGCUGA